AUGGCUCAAGUGGCUGUUCAAAAGCGCACCGGACCUGAAACGGUUUGCGCGUGAAUAGCAUCGAAAAGCUUUGAAGCAAGUGAGUCAACUGUAGACCCAUUCCGACCGCAACGCUCUGAGCCAUUCCCAGAGGUCCCGCGUUUUGAUUUUGUUCGCGCGCAAACCAUUUCAGGUCCGAUGCACUUUCGAACAGCCGCUCGAGUCAUUCCUCGUGCAUCGAAAAGCUUUAGAGCAAAAUACUAAGUCGCCUGUGGACCAUAUCCGACCGCGACGCGACCGCAACGCUCCGAGCCAAUUCCAGUGGGGCCGCGGUUUUUGA